UUUGUGCGCGACGAGACAGCAGCUAAUAAACACCCCCCACCCCUGUUCGCGCGAGGAACAGUUUUAUGAUAAAUAUCAUGGGAAGGUUUCACAAUCUUCUCAUUGGCUCAGAAGUCAGAGACCCCCUUCAUAUAAAGCGAGAGUUCCUGAUCCAGCAACCCCUUCCCGCUGGCGAGCGCUGAGGAUCACACUUCAGCUGUAGGGAAAACACCUUUUACGCACGGAGUGCUGAAGAGAGGUUGCAGUUUACACCUCUCCUAUUUUUUUUUGGUCUGGAGGGAAAAUAACUCGGAUCCAACAGAAACUGGGAGCUGAGGCGUCUGAGUGGGCAUGUGGUUACUGGAGAAGCUCCGCAGCUCUGUGGAGAGCAGUGGGACACAUUCCCAGCCCCCGCAGACAGUCGAAGCCAUUCCAAUCUCCGUUUAUGCCAACGUGCUCACUCCAGAAAGAAUUCCAGAUUUUUUCAUACCGCCCAAACUUAUUUGCUGCCCCCCAGAGGAGUCCCCCAGCCCUGAGCCUCAGCACUGCUCCUCUCUGAGACCCUCCUCGUCUGACCAUGUCAUCUGCAGCGAGAGCCCCAAAGCUCGGAGCAGCAAGAGCUCCUGCAGCCCCCGUCUCUUUACUCGAAAUCUCCAGAAGUCGGCCAACCGCCACAUCAUCCAGAUAGAGAGCGCUGAUGAGCCGGGGGCCGGGUCCGGGGCCAGGGCGGGUGUUGACGUCAACACCAAUGCGGACCCUCAGUCCCAGACCGCCAUGUCCCUGCCGUACGUACCCAAAGCUCAGACCUCCUAUGGGUUCUCCACCCUGGUGGAGUCUCCUCAUACCCGACGCAAGGAGAGCCUGUUCCACAGCGACCCGAACAGCCCCCUCACCUCCCCCAACUCCCAGAGGCGCUCCCAAGGGGGGACCCUGCUGGCCCCAGCUGACCCCAACCCCUAUCGCUACUUUAGCGGCGGAGAGAGUGACACCUGCUCUUCAGCCGAAUCAUCCCCUUUUAACUCCCCUCUCCUGUCUCGAUCAGCUUCCCUUCUUCGCUCUAUCACCCAGGAGACACAAGCUAAGGUGUCUCGUGCCAAGCGCUCCUUGGCACGUCACAGCUCCCUCUCUACCGACGAGUGCAGCUCGGCAGACAACAGCCCCAACAUGCAGCGGCGCCGCAUGCGCUGCCCUCCCUCUCCCGCCUUCCGCGGGAGCCGAGCCGGCGGCGGCAGGGGCACGGCGUCGGACCUUCUCCAGCGCGAGCACACCAUCAACCUCCACAAGGGGGGGACACUGAGGCUGAGCACUCACUACGACCCAGAGGCAGCGCGGCUCAGGGUGCGCGUGCUCACGGCCGAGGCCCUUUACGACAGGCAGACGGACCUUAAGAGCAUCAACUGCUGCGUGGCGCUCUACCUCAACCCCGGCAAACAGCAGAAACAAAGGAGCACCAUCAUCAAGAACAGCAGGAAUCCGGUGUUCAACGAAGACUUUUUUUUUGACGCGCUGCACCAGGCACAAGUGAAGAGCCUGGCCAUGAAGAUAAAAGUAGUGAACAAAGGAACCAGUCUGAGGAGAGAUGUGCUUCUGGGAGAAAGGGAGGUGCUACUUAGCGAGCUGCUCGCAAGCCUCUAGGGAGAUGCUGUCAAAGUUCCGCUGAAAGCGAGCAGAUCCCCUUCAGCUCGAGGGCACCCUCCUGUCUGAUGACCUUUUAUCCCUCUUCACAGAUCUGACGAACACAGGACUAGAGGAAGAAUACUGACGACAAGAGAGUUGUAAUAUACACACUUGGAUAUCUAUGAAUCUUUCUUUAUCAAAAUACCAUGAACAGAAUUCCUGUAGCUCAUCCGCUUACCUGUGGCCAGUGGAAAGGCUAUCUUUGUUUGUUGUCCUCCCAUUGAGUGCACAUGAUGUGCACAGUUAUAUCAGUUGAUUAACUAUAAGAACCUUGUCUGGGUCAAAGCUGUAUUUCUUGUAGUAAAUCUUGAUAUCACAAGUGAAUGUUUGCAUGAAGUGGUGGAAAUUAAAAUGAAUGUAUGCUUGUGAAUUUACUAUAAAUAUAACCUAUGUGAUGUGAUUUUUCUCUGAACACGUGAAUAAAAAACACAAAA